ACUGUGAAGGAAGACCAAGUCUUCUCCAUGAACCCUCCCAAGUAUGACAAAAUUGAGGACAUGGCCAUGAUGACCCACCUGCACGAACCCGCCGUGCUGUACAACCUCAAAGAGCGUUACGCAGCCUGGAUGAUCUACACCUACUCGGGUCUCUUCUGCGUCACUGUCAACCCCUACAAGUGGCUGCCGGUGUACAACCCCGAGGUGGUGUUGGCCUACCGAGGCAAGAAGCGCCAGGAGGCCCCUCCACACAUCUUCUCCAUCUCUGACAACGCCUAUCAGUCCAUGCUGACUGAUCGGGAGAACCAGUCCAUCCUGAUCACCGGAGAAUCCGGGGCCGGGAAGACUGUGAACACCAAGCGUGUCAUCCAGUACUUUGCAACAAUUGCAGCCAGUGGAGAGAAGAAGAAGGAGGAACAUGCAUCAGGCAAAAUGCAGGGAACGCUUGAGGAUCAAAUCAUCAGCGCCAACCCCCUGCUGGAGGCCUUUGGAAACGCCAAGACUGUGAGGAAUGACAACUCCUCACGCUUUGGUAAAUUCAUCAGAAUCCAUUUUGGUGCCACAGGCAAAUUGGCUUCUGCUGACAUUGAAACAUAUCUGCUGGAGAAAUCCAGAGUCACUUUCCAGCUCAAGGCGGAAAGGAGCUACCACAUCUUUUAUCAGAUCAUGUCCAACAAGAAGCCAGAGCUAAUCGACAUGCUUCUCAUUACCACCAACCCUUAUGAUUUCCACUUUGUGAGUCAAGGUGAGAUCACAGUCCCCAGCAUUGAUGAUCAGGAGGAGCUGAUGGCAACAGACAGUGCCAUUGACAUCCUGGGCUUCAGUGCUGAUGAGAAAACAGCCAUCUACAAGCUGACAGGGGCUGUCAUGCACUAUGGGAACCUGAAGUUCAAGCAGAAACAGCGCGAGGAGCAGGCAGAGCCUGAUGGCACAGAAGUUGCUGACAAGGCUGCCUACCUGAUGGGUCUGAACUCAGCAGACCUGCUCAAGGCCCUCUGCUACCCCCGUGUCAAGGUGGGGAAUGAAUACGUGACCAAGGGCCAAACUGUGCAGCAGGUGAACAAUUCAGUGGGUGCCCUGGCAAAGGCUGUCUAUGAGAAGAUGUUCCUGUGGAUGGUUGUUCGUAUCAACCAACAGCUGGACACAAAGCAGCCCAGGCAGUACUUCAUUGGUGUGCUGGACAUUGCUGGCUUUGAGAUCUUUGAUUUCAACAGCUUUGAGCAGCUGUGCAUCAACUUCACCAAUGAGAAACUGCAACAGUUCUUCAACCACCACAUGUUCGUGCUGGAGCAGGAGGAGUACAAGAAGGAGGGGAUUGAAUGGACAUUCAUUGAUUUUGGGAUGGACCUGGCUGCCUGCAUUGAGCUCAUUGAGAAGCCCAUGGGCAUUUUCUCCAUCCUGGAAGAGGAGUGCAUGUUCCCCAAGGCAACUGACACCUCUUUCAAGAACAAACUCUAUGACCAGCACCUGGGCAAGUCCAACAACUUCCAGAAGCCCAAGCCUGCCAAAGGCAAGGUUGAGGCCCACUUCUCCCUGGUACACUAUGCUGGAACAGUGGACUACAACAUCUCUGGGUGGCUGGAGAAGAACAAGGACCCUCUGAAUGAAACUGUCAUUGGGCUGUACCAGAAAUCAUCUGUGAAGACCCUGGCUUUACUCUUUGCCAACUAUGGUGGAGCAGAUGCAGGUCAGUUUUAUAGAAAUUGUAUUUUUAAUGUGGGAGACCUGUCACAGAAUUAAAGCCAUAAACACUAA